AUGACAUGCGAGGAUCGGUUGUAUCCAAAGUCGACUGCUGGUGUGAAGUGGCAGAAUUGUCUCACAUGCUUGCAAAACAGCACCUACGCCCAGGGCACGGAGAACGAUCAGGGCUGGUUCCUAUCACGCUCGACACCAUGCACCACGUCCACCGCUUGUGGGCAACUUGGAGACGCAUUGAAGCAUGGGAAUCUGGAGCCAAAUGCUGCCGGGCAGCUCGACUUUUGUGAUGUGGACAGACAAGCAAUGACGGGAGAGUUUUAUUCGAAAUGCUUGGACUGUGUCAGAGCUACUGGCGACGAGAUCUAUGUGGCCAACGCACUCGUUGCCCUUGAAGCCGGCUGUCUUCAGAAGCCCAACCCCGGUGAGAUCCUUGGCCUGAGUGGAAGCGUCUUCUCCUCCAGCGUCAUCACCAUAGUCGACCCGGCGACCAUGACCAAGCCGGCCGAGCCAGCUAAGCCACCUGCCUUGGCGACCACUGCCAUCGUCGGUAUCGCAGUCGGUGCUGUCGUAGUCAUCGCCGCUGUCGCCGGCUUCAUCUUCAUCUGCUACCGCAAGCGGCGUGCCCGCAGACUCAGCGGCAACUCGCCCAAGGGCACCGCCGAGUCACUCUCCUCGUCCGACGGCGGCUGGGCCCCGCAGCACCGGCCCAAGUCGUCCCUCUCCUUUGCCUGCCGCGCACACCUCAGUCCCGUCAGCCCGCGCUUCUUCCCUUCGGAAGACGCUCUCGACGAGGUCGAUAGCCACCACCACAAUCACCACCCGGAGACGCGGCACAUCACGUCCUCCCGCCCGGCCGUGUGGCGGCCCAACACUACUAACACCUACGGCACCGGGACCUCGAGCCUCUCCUCCAUGGUUUCUGCUCCCAAGCCCGCUCCUGCAGCCGCAGCCGUCGUGCCCCUGCACCAGCUCACUACCUCGCUGCCCGCCAUGCCCGCCGCGGCGCACUCUUCCUCGCCCGUGAUCGGCGCCGCCCGCGGGAGCCCCAUGUCCCCGGAGUCGCUGUUCGCCACGCCCACGUCCGCCACGCAGCUCCUCCCGCCGCCGCAGGGUAACGUCAUUGCGCCGUACAACCCCGCCGAGUACCGCCGCGGCGGCGGCGGUAGCCCAAAGGUCGGCAGCGCCGCGUUGCCCGUCACGCGGAAGGCGCCGACGGGGUGGACUGGCAGCAGUCCCGUGCCGCCGCCACCGCCUCCCAAGGCGACGGCAUGGGGCACGGCGACUCCUGUCAGCGGCGGUGGCGGUACAGGAGGAGUAGGGCAAAUCAAGAAGAAGAGUAGGGAGUCUGGGAGCCCUAUAGAGAGUAGGCAGAUCCAGAUUGCGUUUGCUGGGCCUCCCGCCGCAACGAGGAGGUGA